AUGCGUCCUGCAUUCCAUUCUUCGAGGAUCGGGUCAGGUUGUACAGGUGUGCGGUGGUGGUUUUUGUUGGUCCUUUUGACUUUGCUCCGCGUUGGAGAAGCUGCGCAUCCAGGCCCGGAUGCUGAAUUUUGGAACCUUGGCAUUGCGAAUCCCAGUGGACUUAAUGGGAAGUUGGACCAGGUUGCACACUUGCCUGGCGAUGCAUGGAUUUUGACAGAGACUCAGCUCUCGCAAAAGGGUGUCUCCUCUUUUGUGAAAGGGCUGAAGAUGCUGCAGAGCCCAUGGCGGUAUGCCAUCACGGGCUCCCCAUGCCUUCCUCGCCACCACACCGAUACAGGCUCUCACUCUGGGGUCAUGCUGGUUUCCAAAAGCCCUGCCAGGGCGCUUGUCCAUGGAUUUUCUGCUGACGUUUAUGCCUCUGCCCGAGUCCAGGUGGUUGGUGUUGCGGUUGCUCAAGCUUGGAUUACUGUGGGGAUGUUGUACGGUGUUCCUUGUAAUGCCCAUCAUCGCCAGGCCAAAUACCAGACUGAAGCUUUGCUUGCUGAGUUGGUUGACAGGGUUGGCCUUCAAGCCUCUGGGCCGCGGGUCAUCGGAGGUGACUUCAACUAUGGUCCUGAGGAACUGGAGCAGCUGGACAGACUUCGAUCGCUGGGUUUUCGGGAGGUGCAAGACCUACGUGCAUGGCAGUUUGGCCAAUCUGUUGAAGCCACGGGCCGGGGGUCACGUCGCAUAGACCAGAUGUGGAUUUCUCCUGAACUCCAGCGUGUCUAUAGGGGCACCCAGGUUGAAUUUGACUACUGGGCGGAUCAUGCGGCUGUCUCUGCUUCCUUUGACUUGGGGUGUUUGUCCUCAACGGUUCAUGCAUGGCGUGUCCCUCAACCCUUUCCCUGGCCCAAGGAAUGGACUUGUCAGGUGAAUGUGGACCUUUCUGGGGACCUUACUGAGUCGUAUGCCCAGUUUUGGCACCAGGUUGAAACCCAAGCGGUCAGUUGGAAUCGUCACCAGGGUGUUUAUGCUUCCCGUCAGCAGUGUGGGCGGGCUAGUGUUCUGGAGACUACCCCUACCAAGCAUUUCUUGAGUCCACUCAAGAAGGGCCGUAAAGGUGAUGUGCAACCCAGCUACCUUGGAGUGAGUUUGCAACAUGCUCGGUUCUUCCGACAGCUGCGUCGUUUGCAGUCACUGUGCCGCAUUUUGCGCAAAGGGGUUACAUCUUGGUCUGGAAGUUUCAAUAGGGAUGAAACAUGGCGUGCAAUCCGUACAGCUGUUGGGUUUCCUGGCGGUUUUGGGCUUUGGUGGACAACACAGGGAUUGUCUCCCACCUUGGUGGCUCCUCUGCCCCUUCUCUGCCCUGAUCUGGACUUUGCCCAGGGCCUCUUCCAUGGUUUUCAGGCUUUUGUCCAAAGGUAUGAACAAGGUUUGAUUAGCCAACGCUAUAGCCAUGCCAAGCGCCGCCGUGAACAGAACCUGGCGCAUGUCUUUAGGGAUUGCAAGGAAGACCCCCUGCCACAGGCGGACACACUUGUUGACCGGCUUGAUGUGGGAGUUGAUGAGGUGCGUGCUGAUGACAUGUCUUUGGUUCUCACACGUCCAGUUCGUCUGUUUGAUGACUUGCCGGUUGUGGUGAAUGGACAGGUGCUUGAAGUCGUGGCCCACUCGGAGGACCAGAUUUGGGUUUCUGACACUUCGGGGGUACAACCAGGCCAUGUCCUCUCUCAGGAACGUGCCGUGAUUUCUGAUGAGGCCAUUCUGCAGAAGUUUGCUGACGUGUGGUCCACUCGGUGGCAGAAGCAUCACCACGUCCAGCCGGGCCAAUGGGACCAAAUCUGUGGGUUUUUGGAUCGCACUGCCCCUGUCGUUGAGUGGUCAUGUACUGAUUGGUCUGUUGAACGGUUUUGCCAUGCAGUUCGCCUCAAGAAGCCUCGUGCGGGGAAGGGUCCUGAUGGGGUUUCCCAGCCUGACUUGCGUUCUCUCCCUGCUGAUGCCUGUGCGGUCCUUACUGGGUUCUAUGCUGCCGUGGAGAAGGGUGCGAUGUGGCCUGCUCAGAUGGCCUCUGGUUUUGUGUCAAGCUUAGCGAAGCACCCUGCAGCUUGUUCUGUGGACGAGUUCCGUCCGGUUGUGGUCUAUAGCCUGGCCUACCGAGUUUGGUCUUCAGUGCGUGCUCGGGAGGCACUCCGAUCAAUCAUGCCUCACCUUCCUGUCAGUGUUCAAGGUGGGGUGCCGUCCAGGCAUGCCAAAUCCACCUGGUAUGAGCUGGCAUCGGCACUUGAGCUGGCAUAUGUGAAUGAAGAGGCAAUCCAUGGAAUAUUGAUGGACAUCCAGAAGUGUUUCAACAACAUUCCUCGCCUUCCUCUGUGGCAUGCUCUGUUGCGUAUGGGCUUUCCUCCACACAUCCUUCGUGCUUGGGUGUCGUUUGUGUCGGGUCAAACACGCCGUUUCCGUGUUCGAAGCUCGGUGGGGGGGCCAGUGGCGUCUAACUGUGGGUUGCCCGAGGGAUGUGCUUUGUCGGUCUUUGGCAUGGCAGUGGUGGACUGGAUGCUAGACUGGUGGCUUCAAGCAUUGAACGUCCGGGUGGACUUGCGGACUUUUGUGGAUGAUUGGGGGGUGAUGUUUUGGGACGUCGGUGUCUUUGAGCGUCUGUGGACUUCGCUUGAGGUUUUUACUGAUCAGCUGGACUUGCGGUUGGACUUAUCCAAAACCUGCCUGUGGUCAACUGAUGCCCUGGCCAGAAAGCAGCUCCGUCAGUCUCCCCUCCAUGUCACUUUGGCGGCUCGUAAUCUUGGGGCCCACCAGAACUUCAGCAAGCACUGCCACAAUGCUGAACUGCAGAAGCGGAUGUCUCGCAUGCCUAUGGUGUGGGUUCGCCUCCGAGCCUCCCCGGGGUCCUAUCGGGCCAAGCUUUCCACCAUCCACAUGAUGGCUUGGCCAAGAGCUUUGCAUGGGGUUUCAGUUGUCCAUGUGGGGGAAAACCACUUCAAGACCCUCCGUUCAGGGGCAGUUCGGGCUCUGAAGUCGGACCGGAAAGGGGCCAAUCCUUACCUUCACCUCGCUGCUGCUUCUUGCCAAACUGACCCCGAAGCGUGGGCCAUCCUUCAAACUAUGCGGGGCACCCGUGAGUUGGGUUCUUCUGAUCGAGUUGAGUCACUCUUGGGUGUGUUUGCCGACACUGAGCUGUCGCUCCCGGCUAAUGGUCCUACUGCUGUUUUGGCCUCUCGGGUACGGCGUUUGGGGUGGGCUGUUGGCGGUCAGGGGCUUCUCCAAGACCGUUUUGGAUCCUUCAGCCUGAUGCAAGUGGCAUGGGAUGAGUUGGUGCUGAGGUUCCAGUUUUCUUGGGGCCAUGUCUUGGCUCAGGCAGUUUCCCACCGACCGACCUUUAGUGGACUUUCUCAGGUGGAUCUUCCCGAGCUUCACCGCUCCCUCAAGGAGUAUGGAGCGGCAGACCAGGUGUUCCUGCGUUGUCACUUGGAUGGCACUCUCUUCACGCAGAAUGGCAGGGCCAAGUUCAAAGAAGCUGUCACCUCCAAGUGUCCCUGGUGUCCGGCAAAGGAUGGCUUCCAUCAUCGGGCUUGGAUUUGCCCACACUUUGCUUCCUGUCGUGCGCAUCUCACACCAGACCAACUUGCUGUGCUCCCGUCUCUUCCUCCGUGCCUGGUUGAUCAUGGGUGGCCUUUGGUGUUGCCUGAGUAUGAGAUGUUUGUGGACUUUCUGCUGAGGGAAGAUGGACUUUGUAAGAUGUCACCACUAGACCCCCCAAUUCAAAGUUCCUCCCAGGUGGUUGAAUUGUUUUUGGAUGGGACAAGCUUGCAUCCCCAUGAGCCAAAGCUGCGCUAUGCAGCCUGGGCUGUGACGGUGGUUCCCGGUGGUGCAGGCACGUGGGACAACAGACUCUUGAUGGGUGGGCAUGUCGUGGGCCUUUCUCAAACAGCCCUCAGAGCGGAACUUACAGCAGCUUUGCAUGCAGUGCGGUGGGCCGUACAAAGAAGCCAACCGGUGCGGUUGUGGUGUGACUGUCAGGCGGUCAUUCGGGGCAUUCGGAAGCUUCAAAAUGGGCGAGCUCCCAAGCGAAAUGGUGCUCACUCUGACUUGUGGAUGCAACUGCAUGCGGCUCUGAGCCAGAACCCGGGGCUGAUCCAGGUGCGAAAGGUGGUUUCCCAUGGAGAUCUACGGGCAGCCACAGGCCCCCUCGAAGAGUGGGCGUACUGGCACAAUGCCCUUACAGACAUGGCAGCAGAUGGAGUCAACAGACGCCGUUCAGAUGAGUUCAUGUUGGUGUGGCAAGGGCUUUACGGUGCACUAAUGUUUCACCGGCAGUUGCACCGGGCAAUUCAACAGGUUCUUCUGCAGACUUCUCGGUUGGCGGUAAGUGAACAGCAGACGCGGCAGGUUACACCAUUGCCGGCUCAGGUGUCAGCGGUGGAGGUAUCACUGCCUCAACAGUGGGAAGUUUCCGAGAAGCUCAUUUCCAGGUAUGGCAGGGUCAACACGAUGCAUCUGUAUAACUGGUGGGUGGCUGUCGGUGUUGGAUUGAUGAGGGGCUCGCAACCUCUAGUCCAUAUUGCCGGGAUUCAGCUGUUCUAUACAUUCAACCUUUUCACUGGGUUUGAGGGGCCUUGGUGCAGCAAAAAGCGAUGGUUUUCCAGUGAGGAGACUGCGCCUGAACUUGCACGACGACCGUGGGGAGAGCGGUGCAAACUCUUCCUCAUGAUGUGGAAGAGUUUUCUCCGCUCUCACAAGAUCGUGGUCCCCACUCGAAUGGCUCGUCCUACAUCAGCUGCGUUGGCCAAGUGGUGCGCAUGCUACCGCUUACGGGCCAGCCAGGAGACGGUAGAUGAGAUAGAUCAGCUGAUUUUCACCCAGCUCGGUAGGUUGCAACGCAAUUUGCGGCUGAACUUCGAUGGCGGUGGCGUUUCCACGAUGCAGCUGUGGGAUGUGCUUCAGUCGGAUUGCCUCUUUGCCAUCGGCUCGGUGCUGUUUAUCAUCACCUACCUCACCAUACAUGCGGGAAGUCCGCUACUCUCCUGCGGCUCGAUGCUGUUAACGAUGUUGGCUAUCCCCAUGGCUUUCCUCGUCACUGCCCUUGUGAGUGGCUCAAACGAAGUGACGGGAGCAGCGUUCCUGUCCAUUUUUCUGAUCGCAGGGCUGGGUGCGGAUGUGGUCCUGGUUUUCAUCAACUUCUGGGCGCGUUCCAAAACCUCGACGCCCGAGCCCCCCACGCCUUGCACCUCAACGGCCAUCUUGGGCGCGCGAAAGCGACAGCGGGAUGCGAACAGCACCUUUGAACGGGUGAAAUACGUCUAUCGCCACGCGGGCUUGGCAUGUUUGGGCACCACUCUGACGACUGCUGCCUCGUUUUUCGCCAACUUGGCGUCGGUCCUCAGAGCUCUGCGGGAAUUUGGUUUCUUCAUGGGGAUGUGCAUUUUGGGAGCGUACCUCUAUUUGUUGCUGGUCCUCCCGGCUCUUUUGAUCCUCAACGACUGCCUCACCUCCCUGCGCUGCUCCAAGCGCUGCGCCGAAGCCUGCGCCGGCGGCGUUCGGCGGCUCUGCCGCUGUCGGCCACCGAGCAGUAAAGGGCUUUGUGAGCGAUUGAUUCUGGCAUACAGGCGCUGCUGCUUUCUCUUCUUCCUUAUCUUAGUGGUGGCCUUUGGCGUCUGGACCGGCACAGUGGCACGCCUAGAUGUGGGGGUGCCACAGAUGUUUCCGGAUGGACACAACCUCAACGACGUGGAAGACAUUGCCGAAGACUUCCUGGCCGCCAGCGAGCGCUGGACCCGUGACGAGCUGCGAAUUUGCAACUUCCUGGUGCACGAGGACCGGAGGAACUUCAUGCAGUGCGCUGUGCAUCAAUGUCAGAUCACUUUGGAAGGUCCUUUGACCUUCAUGGGAAGCUCAGAUCGCAACGGCAGCGCGGAGUGCGACUGCUUUCCGUCGGAGCUCGAGAGUUCCCAGUGCCACAUGGUGCAUCCCGGUGAGGAAGGUUACAUCCUGAUCCGCGUCCGUGUGGUGGGCGACGUGCCGCAUGAAGCCAUAGAGCAGUGGCGGGGCACGGCGGAGUUCCGGGACUAUGCGAUGCAGGCAGCGAUCCUAGCAAACCCAAUGCUGCAGAGCGAGAUUGAGGCUGGCAUGAACAAGUCCUUCUUCCGAUGGGCGAGGUCAGGUCCUGGACAUGCGUUGCAACAGGAAUUCUGGGAGACGGGUGAGAUCAUCACCACCAAUUACGAGGUGUUGGCCAACUUCGCCAUUCCGGUCAAGAGGACCGAUCGCAGCAUCCAAGUCUGCCACGCGGAUCGCUUGUGCUACUGUGGCGCAGCUAUAUGCACCUAUCCGGGAAGGCGUUUAGUGGACCCAGUCAUUCCUGACAUCUUCUUCCUGCAACGCCUCACCAUUCCGCUGCUCGUAGCGCCCACGGUGCCACCGCGGCUCCUAUUGGCGGCUGACGUCGCCGUCACUGAAGGUCAUCCUGGGCAUUUUGCCUUUGGCCCUUCCGUGGCUCCGAUGGCGACGGCUCCGGCCCCUUUCGGCCGGCGCUUGCAAGGUGGUGUAGACGUGUCGUUGGUCUGGGGCUUACGCACCAAUGACCUGAUGCCCUUGCUGGGGCAGCCUGAGAGAGCCUGGCAUUUUGAGGCCGCCUUCCGAAUGGACGCGCCCAGCACUCAGCGCCAGCUGUUUGCGGCCUGCAGCCUGGGGAAGGACAAACCGGAGUUAUUGGUGCAGGAGACGGCCUGCUGGGUCAAAAACUUCCGAAGCUAUGUAAAGAUGGCUGGUUUGCCUUUCCCUUUGCAGAGCACGUGGUUCCAAUCCACCUUCAGCAAAUUCGUGGAUGGCCGUGUCUUGCCGAGCGGCAUUCUGGUGAAGGACUACAUGUGGCUCGCAGAAAACUUUGAACUCAAAGCCACCUAUGUGCAAUUCACGGUGGGCUUGAACUACAUGACCGCUCAAAGCUCAACCAUCCUCUCCUUGAUGCAGGAAUGGGACAACGUGGUGGACGAGAUCAAUCAGAAUGCGCCACCGGAAUUGGGUUCCACCUGGCACACUUCGUCCCUAUGGAUCCGUGCGGAGGCGGAGCUGGCCAUCGUGAACAGCACUGUUCUGACCAUGUUGGUGAGUGCGAUUUGCGGUUUCCUUGGCGCUUUGUUCUUUACUCACUGGGAUCCUUUCUUAUCCUUGAUGGUGGUGGUGAAUGUGAUUGGGGUGACCUUGGCCCUGGCCUGGUUUAUGAUGGUCUUGAUGGGCUGGGCCGUGGGUGUCCUGGAAGUCCUUGGUCUCAUCGUCUUCGUGGGCUACAGCAUCACAUACACCUUGCACAUCGCGCACAAGUACCAAGAGCACAUCCUGAGCUCCGAGUCCAUCCAGCUGGGUCGACGGACGCGCGAGCGCCGCACGUUGGCCGUGUCUUACGCCUUGCGAUCCAUGUCGGGCUCCAUCGUGGGGUCAGCCAUUACGACCUUAGGGUCGAGUUUUUUCCUCUUCUUCUGCCAGUUGGUGAUUUUCGUGAAGCUUGCCACGGUGCUGUUCUCCGUGACCUUCUUCGCCUGCGUCUUCGCCACGUUCGCCUUCCCGGCGGCGCUGCUCUGCGUGGGCCCUGUGGGGACCAGCUGCGAAGUGCUGCCACAGCUGUGGAAGAGCUACAGCGCGCCAGGCAGCGACGGUCCCGACCAUCCUCGCGUGCACAGUGAAGCCGAAUGUGUGCAGAUGUCAUCCAAGUUGGCCAAGAAAAUCGUGGUGGACGACGGCGUGGCUUCCCACGUCUUCUUGGCUUCCGGCAGCACAUCCUCCCUGCCCCGGCGAAGUUCGGAUGCAGCGCAGGAGAAGAGGCCAAGAAAGUCGCAAGAUCUUGCGAUCACCGUGCUGUGACCGUCGGCGAUGCGAUGUGAGGAUGUGACUUUUAGAGGGAUACCCUCUGGUAAACGUUUAC